UUUUUUUUUUUUUUUUUUUUUUUUUUUUUUUUACAAUUUGCUCAUUGAACCUUCUUCCAAGAUGAAGUUCACGGAGGGCAUGUGGCUGCUCCGGGAGGGUAUCCGCAUUGACUGGAUGAGCAAUGUCGAGAGACUGGAUAUCGAGAAGGAUACGGUCAAUCUCCUACUCAACAAGUUCCAGAGACAUCGUGGUGAUACACUGAAUUCUCCUACCGUCUCCGCCCAAGUUACAUCUCCACUAGAAGGUAUAAUCGGUGUCAAGUUAGUCCAUUGGGCAGGUGGAGUGGAUAAGGGACCCCAAUACAAACUCAACUCGGCCUCCGGCCAUGCCAAAAUCACACACGAAAAGACCAAGAAGCUGAGCUAUGCCAGCGGCCCGCUCCGCUUGGAUAUCAACACAGCCCCGAACGAGAUGGGGUUUCUCUUCUCCGGCACAAACGGAAAGCUGACCGGACACUCUUUCCGGUCCAUUGGGUAUGUUGGAGACCAAACUACAGAGAAAUCCCGGUGGGGAGACGGGAUAUUCUUUGAACGUCAGGGAUACAUGCUAGCGGAACUGGAUCUCGGCGUCGGGGAGAAGCUCUACGGACUGGGUGAACGAUUUGGGCCGUUUGUCAAGAACGGCCAGAGCGUCGAUAUCUGGAAUGAGGACGGCGGUACCUCCUCAGAAUUGACAUACAAGAACAUCCCAUUCUACAUCAGUUCCAACGGUUACGGAGUGUUUGUGAACCACUCCGGAAAGGUAAGCUUGGAGCUGCAGUCAGAACGCACCACCCGAGUCAACAUCUCGAUCCCUGGUGAAGAACUGGAGUAUUUCAUUAUCCAGGGAAGCACUCCCAAGGAGAUCUUGCGCCGAUACACAGCUUUGACUGGACAGCCCAGCUUGGUCCCAGCCUGGAGUUAUAACCUCUGGCUCACUACUAGUUUCACAACGAACUACGACGAGCAGACCGUGACCAGCUUCCUUGAUGGCUUCCGUGAGCGCGAUCUGCCCCUUGGUGUUUUCCACUUUGAUUGUUUCUGGAUGAAAUCCUACCAGUGGUGCGACUUCGAGUUUGAUACCGAGAUGUUCCCCGACGCAACGGGCUACCUCAAGCGUCUGAAGGACCGCGGCCUAAAAAUCAGCAUCUGGAUCAACCCAUACAUUGGCCAAGCAUCUCCGCUGUUCAAGAUCGGAAAGGAAAACGGCUACUUCAUCAAGCGUACCGACGGUUCCGUCUGGCAAUGGGACCUCUGGCAAGCCGGCAUGGCCGUUGUCGACUUCACCAACCCCGCCGCCUGCGCCUGGUAUUCCACACACCUCAGCCGCCUUAUGGACAUGGGCAUCGACAGUUUCAAAACCGACUUCGCCGAACGAAUCCCUUACAAAAACAUCCAGUACCACGACGGCUCCGACCCCGUCCGCAUGCACAACUACUACGCCCUCCUGUACAACAAAAUCGUCUACGAAACCAUGACCAACCGCUACGGUAAAUCCCAAAGCCUCCUCUUCGCCCGCUCCACCGCCCCCGGUGGCCAAGCCUUCCCCGUCCACUGGGGCGGAGACUGCGAAAGCACCUACGAAGCCAUGGCCGAGUCCCUGCGUGGCGGGCUCAGCCUCAUGCUCUCAGGGUACAUCUUCUGGGCCUCAGACAUCGGCGGCUUCGAAGGAACCCCACCACCCGCGCUAUACAAACGCUGGGUCCAAUUCGGCCUCCUCUCGUCGCACUCCCGCCUUCACGGGUCUUCCUCGUUCCGCAUUCCCUGGAUCUACGGCGAAGACUGCUGCGACGUCCUCCGUGACUGCGUGAAGCGCAAGAUUCUCCUCACGCCCUACCUGCUUGCCGAAGCCCUCACGGGCCACCGCGAGGGGACCCCGCUCAUGAGACCCAUGUUCCUUGAGUUCCCCGAGGACCUGAGCACAUACUCGCUCGACACCCAGUACAUGUUCGGGAGCAAUUUGCUUGUGGCGCCUGUCUUCUCCGAGGAAGGGAAGGUGACUUUCUACGUACCCCGUACCCCCGAGGAUACACAAGGCUCCUCCUCCUCCUCCUCCUCGUGGGUGUCGUGGUUCGAUCACUCCAAGACCUAUGAGUCCGGCCGCUGGUAUACGGAAACGCAUGGGUUCAACACUCUUCCCAUUUUGGUCCGGCCGGGCUCCGUCACGCUGCUUAACCCAAAGCUCAAGGCGCCACAGGAUGAUGCCUUGGAUGGGUUGGAGGUCUUGGUCAACGGCAAGCUGGCUGGUGAGGUCAAGGUUGAGGUGGUUGACCCGGCUAAAACUCAUGAGACGCUGCAGACGGUGAUUGUUAAGCCUGCUGAUAGUGGUGAGGUUGUUGCUGUUUUUUCUGGCCAUCAUGAUGCCAAGAUCAAGGUGGUUUGGAUCGGACAUUAAUUUAGUCUCACCAACUAACUUUUUCCUCACUCGAUACGAAUCUUUUACCCAGGUUGAUGGUUGAUGGUUGAUGAUGGCUUCUGAAAAAAAUAUUUCAAAUUCUAGAUAAAAAAAUGAAAUCAACAUUACA